AUGCCCGUCAUCCCAAUCCUCGCCGUCACAACCAUUGUGAUCAACAAGGGGGCAUACUACUCGGCCCCUAUGAGAGACCCCAGCGGACCCGUGUCCGACGAUAUUUGGUCCUCGAUAACAUUCGUCUGGCGCACACUGUUCACGCUCAUCACCCAGAGCACUACCGGUACAGUCAUGCCCCAGGGCUGGACGCUAUAUGUCGAGUACCAAGGAUCGCUACUCGUGUUUACGUGUUGUUUGGCCUUUGCGCGGGUAUCGGCUCUGGUGCGAAGCCCCUGCGUCUUGGGGCUUCUUUUCGCUUUCCUCAACCUCAGCCAGUGGCAGCCGUGCCUGUUUCUUGCGGGCAUGAUCCUUGCCGACAUCCGGCAUGUGCGGCAGAAACUACCGCCUCUUACGGGGGCAUGGCGCAAAGUUGCUGAUGUCGCCUCGUGGCUGCUGUUUGUGCUCGCUCUCUUCUUGGGCGGCUGGCCACAGAAAGGCAACGCCUAUGCAGCCACUGGGUAUUCGUGGUUCUAUUGGGUACCCACUGCCGGCAUAGACCACACGUACUUCUUUCCAUCUAUUUCGGCUAUAGCGCUAGUAGCGGCGCUCGACAACCUGCCUGUCCUACAACGCGCGCUUAGUUCGCGAUUGAUGUUGUACCUGGGUGAGAUUAGUUUUGCCCUAUAUCUAGUGCACAUAAGCGUUGGCAGAAGUUCCAUCACCUGGGGCCUGAGGUAUCAGAUGGUGGACGCUGGGUAUACCAUGGGCGUCGCCUGGACUGUUACCUUUGUUAUCAUGUUGUUUCUGUCUAUUUGGCUUGCUGAUAUACACUGGAGGCUUUGUGAUAAAAAGUCAGUGCAAUUCGCGCAUUGGCUAAGUAAGAGGCUGGGUGUAUAA